UCUGGUGUUCUGAUUUCUCCACUAUGCAGGGUCUCUCAUUCACGUUCAGCGCUGCCACACUCUUCUUGGUCCUCUGUCUGCAGCUGGGGAUCAUUGAAAGCCAGGAUGAUGAAAAUGUCAGAAAGCCACUUUUGAUGGAACUAGAUGUUCCACGAACAGCACAGCAAAAUGAGCAGAUCACUGUGCAACUUACAGUUGAAACACAAUAUAGAGAAUGUAUGGUGGUCAAAGCUUACCUUGUAAGUAAUGAACCAAUGGAAGGUGCCUUCAACUAUGUACAAACCCGCUGUCUCUGUAAUGAUCAUCCUAUUAAAUUUUUCUGGGAUAUGGAAAUCAAAAAAACUGUAACAUUUGCAACAGUGAUUGAUAUUGUUCAAGAAAAGAAUAUCUGUCCUAAUGAUAUGGCAGUGGUGCCCAUCACAGGAAACCGGUACUAUGCUUAUAAUAUUGUGCGAAUGACUUAACAAGAGGCUUCUUAUGUGUCUUUCAAAACCAUUAUCAUAUUCUCCAAGUACAAUUGACUGGAAUAUCCAUUGUAGUCUGUCAAAUAAACUUCUUACAAGCAU